UGAAGAGCUCUGCCGCUGCCACAGCGGCUAACUUCGCACCCGCCGCCGCCACCGGUCAGCCUCGGCCAGCCCUCCCGCGGCCGCCGAGUCGUGGGUGUCCCGAGCCCAGUGCCGCAGCCAGGACCCGCGCGGCGCGCAGCAGAGAGAAGCACGGCGCCCGGGUGCCUCUUGGAGAGCAAAGGCUGCGCCAAGACGCUGAGCCGAGGAGCGGCCGAGAAGCCUGGGCCCAGGAAGGGGGCUGCGUGGCUCCGAGCGCCGCGGCUUCUGCGGGCACCGAGCCACCGCUGCCGCGCACCCCAGCUGCGCGGGGUGGCGGGAGGGCGACGCGCAAGGACGCAGGGGUCUGCGGCGAUCUUCCAGACGCCCUUUGCCCCGGGGCUCACUAUGACCUGACGCGCGGGGGCCUCCUGUCCAGGGCUUGCGCGACCGGGCGGCCGGGGCUACCGGGGCUCGCCGCCAAGCUCCUGCCGGACCGCCUUGGGGUCUUUGGGACCCCCGCCGCCUCGGCCCGGCUCCGCGCCUCCCAGCCUGCGGCCCGGCGCCAUGGAGCUCUCCGAUGUGCGCUGCCUGAGCGGCAGCGAGGAACUCUACACCAUCCACCCGACGCCCCCGGCCGGCGACGGCGGGAGCAGCUCGCGGCCGCAGCGGCUGCUGUGGCAGACGGCGGUGAGGCACAUCACCGAGCAGCGCUUCAUUCACGGGCACCGGGGCAGCGGCGGCGGCAGCGCGAGUCGAGGCUCCGGCAAAGCUUCGGACCCUACAGGCGGCGGCCCCAACCACCACGCGGCGCAGCUGUCCGGCGACUCGGUGCUGCCCCUCUACUCACUGGGCCCCGGGGACAGAGCGCACAGCACCGGUGGCACCAAAGUCUUCCCUGAACGCAGCGGCAGCGGCAGCGGCAGCGGCGGCGGGGGCGAUCUGGGCUUCCUGCACCUGGACUGCGCCCCGAGCAACUCGGAUUUCUUCCUCAACGGGGGCUAUAGCUACCGAGGGGUCAUCUUCCCCACUCUACGCAACUCCUUCAAGUCCAGGGAUCUGGAACGCCUCUACCAGCGCUAUUUCCUGGGCCAGAGGCGAAAAUCCGAGGUGGUGAUGAACGUGCUGGACGUGCUGACCAAACUCACCCUCUUGGUCCUCCACUUGAGCCUGGCCUCGGCCCCCAUGGACCCGCUCAAGGGCAUCCUCCUGGGCUUCUUCACUGGCAUCGAGGUGGUGAUCUGCGCGCUCGUGGUGGUCAGAAAGGACACCACCUCGCACACGUACCUGCAGUACAGUGGCGUGGUCACUUGGGUGGCCAUGACCACUCAGAUCCUGGCAGCAGGCCUAGGCUACGGACUUCUAGGUGAUGGCAUCGGCUAUGUUCUCUUCACGCUGUUCGCCACCUACAGCAUGCUGCCACUGCCACUCACCUGGGCCAUCCUGGCCGGCCUGGGCACCUCGCUGCUGCAGGUGGUCCUGCAGGCGGUCAUCCCCCGGCUGGCGGUCAUCUCCAUCAACCAGGUGGUGGCCCAGGCAGUGCUCUUCAUGUGUAUGAACACGGCUGGAAUCUUCAUCAGUUACCUGUCUGACCGGGCCCAGCGCCAAGCCUUCCUGGAGACACGGAGGUGUGUGGAGGCCAGGCUACGCCUGGAGACGGAAAACCAAAGACAGGAGCGGCUCGUGCUGUCUGUGCUUCCGCGGUUUGUCGUCCUGGAAAUGAUCAAUGACAUGACCAAUGUUGAAGAUGAGCACCUGCAGCACCAAUUCCAUCGGAUCUACAUCCACCGCUAUGAGAACGUCAGUAUUCUUUUUGCAGAUGUUAAAGGAUUUACCAACCUCUCCACGACCUUGUCUGCCCAGGAGCUGGUCAGGAUGCUCAACGAGCUCUUUGCCAGAUUUGAUCGACUGGCCCAUGAGCAUCACUGUCUUCGCAUUAAAAUCCUGGGGGACUGUUACUACUGUGUUUCAGGGCUUCCAGAGCCCCGCCAGGACCACGCCCACUGCUGCGUUGAAAUGGGCCUCAGCAUGAUCAAAACUAUCAGGUAUGUGAGGUCAAGGACGAAGCAUGAUGUUGACAUGCGGAUCGGAAUCCACUCAGGCUCAGUGCUGUGUGGUGUGUUGGGCCUGCGGAAGUGGCAAUUUGAUGUCUGGUCUUGGGAUGUGGACAUUGCGAACAAACUUGAGUCUGGAGGAAUCCCUGGGAGGAUUCACAUUUCCAAAGCCACACUGGACUGCCUCAACGGUGACUAUAAUGUGGAAGAGGGUCAUGGUAAAGAGAGAAACGAAUUCUUGAGGAAGCAUAAUAUAGAGACCUAUUUGAUUAAACAGCCUGAGGAGAGUCUACUGUCACUGCCCGAAGACAUUGUCAAGGAGUCGGUGAGCUCCUCAGACAGGAGAAACAGUGGGGCGACAUUCACAGAAGGAUCCUGGAGCCCCGAACUGCCCUUUGAUAACAUAGUGGGGAAACAGAACACUCUGGCUGCCCUAACAAGAAAUUCAAUAAAUCUACUUCCAAACCAUCUUGCACAAGCUUUGCAUGUCCAGUCUGGGCCUGAGGAAAUUAACAAGAGAAUAGAACAUACCAUCGACUUGCGGAGUGGCGAUAAAUUGCGAAGAGAGCAUAUCAAGCCAUUCUCACUGAUGUUUAAAGACUCCAGCCUGGAGCACAAGUAUUCUCAAAUGAGAGAUGAAGUAUUCAAGUCAAACUUGGUCUGUGCGUUUAUCGUUCUCCUAUUUAUCACGGCAAUACAAAGUUUGCUUCCUUCUUCAAGGGUGAUGCCAAUGGCCAUCCAGUUUUCCAUUCUGAUUAUGCUGCACUCGGCUCUGGUCCUCAUCACUACAGCAGAAGAUUAUAAGUGUUUGCCUCUCAUCCUGCGGAAAACUUGCUGUUGGAUUAAUGAGACCUACUUAGCCCGGAACGUCAUCAUCUUUGCAUCCAUCCUGAUUAACUUCCUGGGCGCCAUCUUGAAUAUCCUGUGGUGUGAUUUUGACAAGUCGAUACCCUUGAAGAACCUGACUUUCAAUUCCUCAGCUGUGUUUACAGAUAUCUGCUCCUACCCAGAGUACUUCGUCUUCACUGGGGUGUUGGCCAUGGUGACCUGCGCGGUUUUCCUCCGCCUGAACUCUGUCCUGAAGCUGGCUGUGCUGCUGAUUAUGAUUGCCAUCUACGCCCUGCUGACCGAGACGGUCUACGCGGGCCUCUUCCUGCGCUAUGACAACCUAAACCACAGUGGAGAAGAUUUCCUGGGGACCAAGGAGGCAUCACUGCUGCUGAUGGCCAUGUUCCUCCUCGCCGUGUUCUACCAUGGACAGCAGCUAGAGUACACAGCGCGCCUGGACUUCCUUUGGCGAGUACAGGCCAAGGAGGAGAUCAAUGAGAUGAAGGAGCUCAGGGAGCACAAUGAGAACAUGCUCCGGAACAUUCUCCCUAGCCAUGUGGCCCGCCACUUUCUGGAGAAAGACCGAGACAAUGAGGAGCUGUAUUCCCAAUCUUAUGAUGCCGUUGGGGUGAUGUUCGCCUCCAUCCCGGGGUUUGCAGACUUUUACUCUCAGACUGAGAUGAAUAACCAGGGAGUGGAAUGCCUGCGUCUGCUGAAUGAGAUCAUUGCUGACUUCGAUGAGCUGCUGGGGGAGGACCGCUUUCAGGACAUUGAAAAGAUUAAGACCAUCGGCAGCACCUACAUGGCUGUGUCGGGCCUGUCCCCUGAAAAACAGCAAUGUGAAGACAAGUGGGGACAUCUUUGUGCCCUGGCCGACUUCUCUCUCGCCCUGACCGAAAGCAUACAGGAGAUCAACAAGCAUUCCUUCAACAAUUUCGAGCUCCGAAUUGGCAUCAGCCAUGGCUCCGUGGUGGCUGGUGUCAUCGGCGCGAAGAAGCCACAGUAUGACAUUUGGGGCAAGACCGUGAACCUGGCAAGUCGAAUGGACAGCACAGGGGUCAGCGGCAGGAUCCAGGUCCCCGAGGAGACCUAUCUCAUCCUGAAGGACCAGGGCUUUGCCUUCGACUACCGAGGGGAGAUCUAUGUGAAGGGCAUCAGUGAGCAGGAAGGAAAAAUCAAAACGUACUUUCUCCUGGGAAGAGUCCAACCCAACCCAUUCAUCCUGCCCCCCAGAAGGCUUCCUGGGCAGUACUCAUUGGCCGCGGUGGUCCUGGGCCUCGUGCAGUCCCUCAACAGGCAGAGGCAGAAGCAGCUGCUCAACGAGAACAACAACACGGGGAUCAUCAAGGGCCAUUACAACCGGCGGACUUUGCUGACGCCCAGCGGGCCAGAGCCUGGAGCCCAGGCUGAGGGCAGCGACAAGUCCGAUUUGCCAUGAGACCGUUUUCUUUGUGUUUCUUUUUUUGUAUUUCUUUUAUAUAUAAAAUAAA